AUGAGGCUGGCAGAGAAGAUGGUGGUGGUGAUGCUGGCAGCUUCCAGCUGCCUGGCUGCUCCCGAGGGUAAUUUCUUCGGUGGAGUAGGUGAGACUCCUUCAGAGAUCGCUCCUUACACCGUCAUCAAGGAGGCGGCAACAUAUGAGGUGAGGGUGUACGAGCGCAUGAAGUGGGUGUGUUCCCACGUUGUUGACACCCAUCCUGACGCGAAGAAUAUGGUAAAACUCUUCUUUGCACUCUUCCACUACACUGGCGGAGAGAAUUCCAUGGGUUUGAAGCUACAAAUGACAGCUCCUGUGACCUCGCUGGAGGAGACGUAUAAUGCUGAACAGAAACUGUAUCAAAUAUGUUUCUACAUCCCUGCCGCCUUCCAGGAGAACCCGCCCACUCCCACUGACAAAGAUGUUUACAUCCAAGAACACCCACGACUCACAAUAGCAGCAAGGACCUUCAGUGGGAUGGUGAUGAAUAUUAGCGAGUGGGAAGCUGAGGAUGCAGCGCUUCUAACCGACCUCAACAAAGCUGGAGAAACAGAUAUUGAUUUGACGCGUCGUUACGGGAUGUUUUCUCUGGUCAACGAGAGAAGUUCAAGAGCAGAUUUCUUCUACAGGGCAAUGUACGACUCUCCUUUGAAGAGCACAAGCAGGCGCAACGAAGUCUGGUUUAUCUUGAAGAAGUAAAGCUCGAUCCUGACGACCUGAUCGCCACUAAUUCUUUAGUCAACUCUAUCACAUACAUGUACACACAGAACAAUGUGUGAAUGUAAACUUCCAUGAAUACACAAGCGGAUGACACACACACACACACA